UGGGACCCCAACAACCCACCUGAUGAAGAAAAAAAAAAAAAGGAGACUUCUUCCCCAGUAGUUUAUGGCAAGGACAACCUGUAGUCUGUAAUUUCUUAAUCUGCAAAUUGCAAGGAACCCAUACCUACCCACCUAAUACCCUUUCUCCCCGACAACCUCUUCAUUCAUAACCAGACCUCGCCGUCGCCCCAACAAAUUCGAUCAUCAAUUUCACAACAUUGUGUGAGCGUAGUAAGAAUUUCUCUUCCAUGAUACGAAAUCUUAGUUGAAUUCGCAACCAUAUUCUACAUUGCUGUUAGAGAAUACUGCGUAUAAGACUCUGCCGAUCUCCAGUAGAUGCUGUUAUUGCAUAAUUUUGCUGUUACUGCAAAUGGGCGCCGAUGGUUGCUGUUCUUCGCUCUAAUGCGGUUGCCCUCGUGAUGCAUCUGUGAGUUGCCGGAAAAAUAAAAGGGACUUCUCUUUGCCGGUAAGUUGACUUGCAUUGCCUGCCGUCCGGCCGUUUACUCCGGGAAUGGUUUCUUUGGAGAAUUUAUAUAUGUCUUAGUGGCGUUUUCAAAUGGGUAGGAAUAGAGUCGGUGUCUCCUUCGACGCUUGCCUUUGGGAGAAUCUCAUUCCUUUCUUUCCUUCAUCUGAUUGAAUCUUUUGUUUCCUGUUUCUUUUUUAUACAUAAAGGGAAGAGAAGGGGAGAGGCAGAGAGAGGGAUGAUGCUACCGCCAUGGCUGGAGUCAUUGCUAUCGACGACAUUCUUCACGGGGUGUUCCAUCCACGGGGCUUCGGCGAGGAGCGAGUGCAACAUGUAUUGCCUGGACUGCGCGGGAACAGGGGCCUUCUGCAUCUACUGCAGGGAAACGAUGCAUCCGCACCACAACGUCAUUCAGAUCAGGAGGUCUUCGUACCACGACGUGGUGAGGGUGGGGGAGAUCCAGCGGUUUCUGGACGUCGGCGGGGUGCAGACGUACGUGAUCAACAGCGCGCGGGUGCUCUUCCUCAACGAGAGGCCGCAGCCGAGGGGCGGCGCCGCGGCGGCGGGAAAGGCCGCCGGCGGCCGCGCCUGUGAGGUGUGUGGCAGGAGCCUCCUCGAUUCCUCCCGUUUCUGCUCAUUAGGUUGCAAGGUUGCUGCCAUUAAAAACAACAGAAACCUGCACCUAAUUCAUGGAGCGGCAGCAGCAGCAGCAGUUGUUGUGGAGAAGGAAGAAGAGAAGAGGCACCUAAAGAUGUACAGAUCGACCUCGCCUCCUCCAAGAACUACUUCAAAUGCAAGGAGAAGGAAAGGCAUCCCUCAAAGAGCUCCGAUGGGUACUUGAAUUUGAAAUGAAAUUAAGAGACAUGUAAUUAUGAUUGCCUUCCUGUGGAUAUAUAUUCACUUUGUGCAUGUAUUCUUUCACAUUCAAUUGCACAUUCAAUUGCCUUAAAUGAA